AUGAAGUACAUCCAGAAGCGUCUCUUCUCCCUCACGAGGAGAUGUCUCGAUUCGCUUGUCUUUGUGGAAACGGCUAGCGGAAAGGUUACCUCGGGGUCUCUUUCCACCAUCACAGCUGCAGCGCAAUUGGGUGAGCCUGUAACUGCGUUGGUUGCGGGAAGUGAAGGAGAAGGUGUUUCGAAGCAAGCUGCCGGUAUAGAAGGUGUUUCGAAUGUUCUCGUGGCCAAGGACGCCAAGUUUGAUCACUAUUUGGCGGAAGAGUUGUCGCCAUUGAUUAAAAGUGUCAUUGAAUCUCGUAAUUUUUCACACUUUGUCACACCAUCCUCAGCCGUUGGAAAGUCGUUGCUUCCACGUCUUGGAGCAAUUAUGGACCUCCAGCCGGUGAGCGAGAUCAUCAAGGUGGAAGCUAAGGAUACAUUUGUGCGCCCUAUAUACGCAGGCAAUGCAUUGGCGACGGUCAAGUCGAAUGAAAAGACAAUUCUUUUCAGUGUCAGACCUUCUGCUUUCGCUCCAGCUGCUACUGGUAGCGCUGAGGUUCCUAUAGAGGAGAUAAGUGCCGACACAGACUCACAGUCUCGGACGGAAUUUGUUUCAGAAGAUUUGGUUACUUCCGAAAGACCAGAUUUAGGUUCUGCUAAAAUCGUGGUAGCAGGCGGACGAGGACUUAAAGACAAGGAAACUUUCGACAAGUUGCUAGAGCCCUUGGCUACCAAGCUCAAUGCUGCCGUUGGAGCCUCUAGAGCAGCAGUAGAUGCUGGAUACUGUGAUAAUUCAUUGCAAAUUGGUCAAACAGGCAAGGUUGUGGCCCCGGAUUUGUACAUAGGUAUUGGUAUUUCCGGUGCCAUCCAGCAUUUGGCCGGAAUGAAGGACUCCAAGACCAUCGUUGCCAUCAAUAAGGACCCAGAAGCUCCACUUUUCAACGUUGCCGAUAUCGGGUUGGUAGCCGACUUGAACGAGUCGUUAGCCGAGUUGACGGAAAAGUUGUAA